AAAAAAGGUCACUUCCUGUUUGCUGCACAUUGUCUUCAGACCGGUUCCAGGAAUUGACCUGACAAAUAUUGACGAGGCUGCCGCGAUCGUCAAACACUAUUUUCCUGUGGGUAAGAGGCGACGCAGUCCUGAAGACCCAGGGCCCCAGCCCAGGGACCUUGCUAGGAUGGGGCCAGCGCGGCUGUGGCUGCUGGGAGCAGGGAUCCUGGCCUCUGUCCACUGUCAGCCCUUUCCUGCCCAUGGAUCUAAGAGUCUGGGGGUGCCUGAAGCCCCUGGCCGUCAGCUCUCAGGGGCCCGCCCGGCCUACCACAAAAUCACACCCACCCUCACCGACUUCGCUUUGCGUUUGUAUAAGCAGCUGGCCGCCGAAACCCCAGGAAACAUCUUCUUCUCCCCAGUGAGCAUCUCCUCCACCCUGGCCCUGCUCUCCCUGGGGGCGCAGGCCGACACCCCGACGCAGAUCCUGGAGGGCCUCGGCUUCAACCUCACGGAGAUCCCAGAAGCCGACAUCCACCGGGGCUUUCAGAGCCUCAUCCGCACCCUUGACCUGCCCAGCUCUAAACUUGAAAUGAAAGUAGGCAACUCCUUGUUCCUGGACAAGCAGCUAAAGCCUCAGCAGCACUUUUUGGACAACAUCAGGGAGGUGUACGGGGCUUUGGCCUUUUCUGCCAACUUCACGGACUCUGGAACAACUAGGAGGCAGAUUAAUGACUACCUGAGAAAGCAAACCUACGGGCAGGUGGUGGACUGCCUGGAGGAGUUCGCCCAAGACACACUUAUGGUUCUCUUGAAUUAUAUCUUCUUCAAAGCCAAGUGGAAGCAUCCUUUCAAUCCCUACCAGACCCAGAAGCAAGAGAGCUUCUUUGUGGAUGAGCGGACCUCUCUCCGAGUCCCCAUGAUGCGCCAAAAGGAAAUGCACAGAUUCCUCUACGACCAUGAGGUGGCCUGCACCGUCCUCCAGAUAGAAUACAGUGGAAACGCCCAGGCCUUGCUGAUCCUCCCUGACCCCGGGAAAAUGGCACAGGUAGAGGCCGCUCUGCAGCUGGAGACCCUGAGGAAAUGGGAUCAAUUGCUCCUGCCCAGCCUGUUGGAUUUGCAUUUGCCAAGGUUUUCCAUUUCUGGAACGUAUAACCUGGAAGAGAUACUUCCCCGUAUUGGUCUCACCAACUUAUUCAGCUUAGAAGCUGACUUAUCAGGAAUCACUGGGCAGCUCAACAGAACCAUCUCCAGGGUGUCCCACAAGGCGGCAGUGGACAUGAGUGAGCGGGGAACUGAGGCUGCGGCAGCCUCUGGCCUCCUCUCCCAACCCCAGUCUCUGAACACGACAUCGGCCCCACAUGCCCACUUCAACCGGCCUUUCCUGGUGCUCCUUUGGGAGGUGACCACCCAGAGCCUCCUCUUCCUGGGAAAAGUCGUCAACCCAGCAGCAGGGUGACCAUUACGGGAGGCCAGGGGAUGUCUUAUCCCCUUCCUAAAAACAGGAGGGCUAGCACUAGCCUGCAUCUCAGGGCUGCUGUGUGGUACAGGUAAUCAGUGUGCAAAGAUGCUAAUAAAAUUGACCUUGGGUUUUGUGAA